CGGCGCUGUGUUGCGACGGGACCAUGCCGCCGCGCCCUGCACCACCGAUCAACCGAUCACAGGCGAUAUAAUCCACGAUAGGAGUUGACGAUCCAACGAUCGAGGGACCGUCGAAAAUUGAUCGAUCCAAGAGUCGAUUACCGGAAACGGACGACCGAAAAUGUGACGCACGGCGGACAUUCGACGGGCUGUGGCUCGAACAAGAGAGGAGACUGGACGACUAUUGGAAGCGUGACGUUCGAUUGACGGGUCCAGGCUCGACAACAUGAACUCGAGCGGGGAGUCAGGCGGCACGAUGACCGAAGACUACGAGGUAACAGGCUGCGGUCCACCGGAGGAGGAAACAGGUUCAAACUUACCAGUUUGGGAAGCCGCAGCCGCGUCCCUGACACUGGGUUUCCUCGUUCUGGCCACGGUAUUGGGGAACGCGUUGGUGAUCCUAAGCGUGUUCACAUACAGGCCGUUACGUAUCGUUCAGAACUUCUUCAUCGUGUCUUUGGCGGUGGCUGAUCUUGCGGUGGCUAUUCUCGUCAUGCCGUUCAACGUCGCCUAUCUCCUUCUCGGCAAGUGGAUCUUCGGUAUACAUCUGUGCAAACUAUGGUUGACCUGUGACGUUCUAUGUUGCACCGCCAGCAUACUCAAUCUAUGCGCCAUAGCGCUCGACAGAUACUGGGCGAUCACGGAUCCUAUCAAUUACGCUCAGAAACGUACGUUGAAAAGAGUUCUAGCUACGAUAGCAGGUGUAUGGAUACUGUCCGGCGCGAUCAGUUCACCACCGUUGGCCGGUUGGAACGAUUGGCCAGAGGAAUUAGAACCUGGAACACCUUGUCAAUUAACCAGAAGACAGGGUUACGUGAUUUACUCGUCGUUAGGCUCGUUCUUCAUACCACUGUUGCUGAUGAGCCUCGUCUAUCUCGAGAUCUUCUUAGCCACGAGAAGGAGGCUGAGAGAACGCGCCAGGCAAAGUAGAUUAGACGCUGUUCAAUCGACGAGACAUCGCGAGGCGGACGACGCUGAAGAAUCGGUCAGCUCGGAGACGAAUCAUAACGAAAGAUCGACGCCUAGAUCGCACGCGAAACCGUCGUUGAUCGACGACGAGCCGACCGAAGUAACGAUAGGCGGUGGUGGAAACGCGUCUACGUCUUCUAGAAGAUUGGCAAGCAGCGGUAGAACACCGCCGACAACUACCACCGUCUAUCAAUUCAUCGAGGAACGACAGAGGAUCUCGUUGUCGAAGGAGAGACGCGCCGCGAGGACGCUCGGCGUGAUCAUGGGCGUUUUCGUCGUCUGCUGGCUCCCGUUCUUCCUUAUGUACGUGAUCGUACCGUUCUGCCCGGCUUGUUGCCCCUCCGACAGGAUGGUUUACUUCAUCACGUGGCUCGGUUACGUGAACAGCGCGCUCAACCCGCUGAUCUACACGAUCUUCAAUCUGGACUACAGGCGAGCCUUCAGAAGGCUGCUCCGCAUUCGCUGA